AUGCUCCCAGCCCAACUCCUAACCAUCUCUCAAAAUCUUGCAAUUCUCGACCGACCGACGACCAUGGAUUAUGUUAGGGUCAGGUCUUAUUUCGAUGAACAAUCUCCCCUCUGUACUUCCGAGCAAGCGUAUAUUCUUUGCAAAGAAGACCUUAUCACUCUGAAGCCAAGCAGAGAAAACACUUGGCUUGAUGGAAUUAUUCAGAAGAUCCCGCAGAAAUUCCCAAGUCGUUUGACUCGGCACAUUUUCUGCCCUCCGGAAUUGAGAGAGAAAACUAAUCCAGAAUCUACGAAUCUUAUUCUUUUUAGCCCUGAGCGUGUCAACAUCGUAGUGUCGGUGAUAAUUCUCAUCACUAUACUAACCCUUCUUGUUAUUCCAGUAUAUAUAUUAUGGUAUUUGAGUAAUGUCCCCAGCUCGAAGUCACCCAUAGGGAUUCUUAUCGGUAUACUACUGAUCUUUACACUAUCAUUCUCGGCAGUUUUGUCACUCUUCACGAGAGCCAAGCGCCAUGAGGUUCUUGCCGCGGCAGCUGCCUACUGUGCUGUGCUGGUCGUAUUCGUUGGCAAUGUUGGAAAUCUGUCGCCCAGUUAA